AUGGUUGGGAGAUCCCGGCGGCGUGGAGCGGCCAAGUGGGCAGCGGUGCGAGCCAAUUCGGGGCGCGGCCUGGCGGACGAAAAUGAAGACGACUCCGAAUUGCCACCCUCACCUGGAGACUCCAGCUACUACCAAGAUCAGGUAGAUGAUUUCCAUGAGGCACGGUCCCAGUCCGUUUUGAUUAAAGGCUGGAAAGAAGCAGACAGUGGGGAUGAAGACGAGGAGGAGGAGGAGGAAGUGCUAGCUCUUGAUAUUGACGAUGAUAACGAUGAAGAUGGUGAGAGUGUGGGUGAUGAGGAAGAUGGCAAUGAUGAUGAUGGUGGAAGCUCCGUGCAGAGUGAGACUGAGGCUUCUGGGGAUCCGAGUUUGUCGUGGGGUCAGAGGAAAAAGCUUUACUAUGACACGGACUAUCGACCCAAGUCCCGAGGCCGGCAGAAUCAGCAAGAAGUAGAAGAGGAAGAAAGAGAGGAGGAGGAAGAGGCACAGCUCAUCCAGCGGCGCCUAGCUCAAACCCUUGAAGAAGAUGAUUUUGGAGUCACCUGGGUGGAGGCCUUUGCAAAACCGACACCCCAGGCAGAUGAGGUCGGGACACAGGUUGUGAAGGAUUUGACGAAAGUUUCGGUGAAAGAGAAGCUGAAAAUGCUGCGGAAGGAAUCACCAGAGCUCUUGGAGUUGAUAGAAGACUUGAAAGUCAGGCUGACAGAGGUGAAGGAUGAGCUGGAGCCUUUGCUGCGGUUGGUGGAGCAAGGAAUCAUACCUCCCGGGAAAGGAAGCCAAUACCUGAGGACCAAGUACAACCUGUACUUGAACUACUGUUCCAACAUUAGUUUUUAUUUGAUCCUGAAAGCUAGGCGAGUCCCUGCACAGGGACAUCCUGUCAUAGAAAGGCUUGUUACCUACAGAAAAUUGAUCAACAAGCUGUCAGUUGUAGAUCAGAAGCUGUCUUCCGAAAUUCGUCAUCUACUCACUCUUAAGAAUGAUACUAGAAAGAAAGAAUUGACUCUAAAAGUAAAAUCCACCAAAGCCAAGUCAAAAUCUGCUUUAGAGACUCCUGCUGCUGUCUCUGCUAAUAUAGAUGCUUCUGAUGAUUCCAAUUUUGAUGAAGAAGGUGUGCUGAAAUACUAUAAAGAAAUAGAAGACAAGCAAAAGUUGAAAAGAAAGAAAGAAGAAAGCACUGAAGAGCAGGCUCUUGAAGAUCAAAAUGCAAAGAGAGCCAUUACCUAUCAGAUUGCUAAAAAUAGAGGACUUACACCUAGGAGAAAGAAGAUAGAUCGCAAUCCCAGAGUGAAACACAGGGAGAAGUUCAGAAGAGCCAAAAUUCGAAGAAGAGGCCAAGUUCGUGAAGUUCGUAGAGAGGAGCAGCGUUACAGUGGUGAAUUAUCUGGCAUUCGAGCAGGACUUAAAAAGAGCAUUAAACUUAAAUAA